AAUAUGAGACUUUCUUCACGUUGGUCACGUGACUAUACUAGUUCCUAUUCCGUGUCAGUAAACGUGAACUAUAACCGAUAGACUGAAACAGAAACACACAAGAAUAGAAACUGACAGCUCUGGGUGAGACUAUUAAGUGUGUGAUUAAAAUGCAGCCAUCUUCAUGUGACACCUUCGUGGCUCUGCCACCCUCCACUGAGGGACAACGCAUCAUCUUUGGGAAGAACUCUGACAGGCCUUGUGAUGAAGUCCAGGAGGUUGUGUAUUUUCCUGCCAGAGACUAUGCUGCAGAGGAGAAGGUUGAGUGCACAUACAUAGAGAUAGAGCAGGUUGGCCACACACAUGCAGUGGUGUUGAGCAGACCGGCCUGGCUGUGGGGGGCAGAGAUGGGCGCAAAUGAGCAUCAAGUGUGCAUUGGAAAUGAAGCAGUGUGGGGCAGAGAGAGCGCUGAUGAUGAGGAGGCUCUUCUCGGCAUGGAUCUCGUCAGGCUUGGGCUUGAGAGAGCUGAUACAGCUGAGAAAGCUGUGGAUGUCAUCACUGAGCUGCUGGAGAAAUACGGGCAGGGAGGAUCAUGUAUGGAGGAUGAAAGUGGCUUCACCUACCACAACAGCUUCCUCAUCUCAGACCGGAAGGAGGCCUGGCUGCUGGAAACAUCAGGAAAGCACUGGGCAGCUGAAAAAGUGCAAGGUGGAUAUCGCAACAUCUCCAACCAGUACGGCAUAACAACUAAGAUAGACAAGGAACAUCCAAAAAUGAGGGAAUAUGCUCAAAGCAAGGGCUGGUGGGAUGGAAAGACAGAGUUUAACUUCGCCACAGUCUACUCCUUUAUGACUACAGCCAGAAUAGAAGCCUCUGGGAGCCGAUACUGUGAGGGGAAGCAGCUGCUGGAGAAGAGCAACGGUCACAUUACUGCGGAGACGAUGAUGGGUAUCCUGAGGGAUAAAGACAGUGGCAUCAACAUGGAGGGCAUGUUCAUGUCAACAGGCAGCAUGGUGUCUGUGAUACCCACAAACCCUGAGCUGCCGGGGGUUCACUAUUUUACUGCAACUCCAGACCCUGAAAAGUCUGUUUUCAAACCGUUCAUCUUUGUGGAAAACGCGCGCCCAUUAAAGGAGACGUCUUCGCCCAGUUAUGGUCCAGAUGACCCUGUGAAGAAGAAACCCCGCUUCCAGAGCAAACCCAACCGCAGACAUGAGUUGUUUGUCAAACAUGAACUUGUGGCUGCCAUCAUUGAAUCCUACAAGGACAGAGGACAGAGGAUCACCAAAAGCAUGAGGGACCUAGAGAAAACAAAGAUGAUAGAAAUGGAGGAGAUUCUUUCAAGUGGUAUUGACAAGCCUGAUAAUCUGGCAGACCUGUUCUCAAGGUCUGUUCAUGAGGAAAUGACUGUUUACAGCAAAAGUUAAGAGGCUUUUUAAUCAGGUGGAAGCAGGCUGGAGUGGGACUCAUUUUCAGCCCUGGACUUUCAUGCCUCAGACCAGCCCACUUUAGAUCACCACCUAUUACUAUUAAAGUCAUGUAAUUCUA